AUGGGGGUCGAUUUACAGCAGCGCCUUGAGCGAUGGGCUCAGAGACUGCAAAACCUAACCGUCUCCCCCCUCACCCGCGAUUAUCCCGACACCCAGAGUCAGGACAUUCCCAAGAGAGCCAUUGAAGCUUUCGAGUCACUCAAGCUUCCCAGUGAUACAGCGUCCGCUUUGCAGAAGAUCUCCGGAUCCUCGUCCGGGUUCUCCGUUUUCCUCACUGCCUUUGUCGUGCUCGUUGCUCGCUUGACUGGGGACGAAGAUAUCGCCAUUGGCACCAGUGUUGGGGAUGACGGUCGUCCCUUUGUCCUGAGAGUCCCCAUUGACCCCUCCGAGUCAUUCCUUCAGCUAUAUGGCAAGGUCCAGACGGCCUUCGACCAAGGCUCAGCCGACCUUGUUCCUCUAGGUAGCCUACGAUCUUAUAUCCAAGAAAAGUCUCAAUCUGAACGAACCCCAAUCCUAUUCCGCUUCGCCGCAUAUGACGCUCCCGCUGCCUCCCAAGAAUAUCCCGCCAAUACCUUUGAGACUACCGAUCUGGUGCUCAAUGUUGCUACCGGCUCGACGAUGGAGUUGGGAGCGUACUACAACCAGCGACUCUUUUCGAGCGCCAGGAUCUCCACAAUCUUGAACCAACUUUCCCAAUUGGUUGCAAAUGCUACCGGCAAUCCCGGAGAGGCAAUCGGUCGUAUCGAUUUCAUGACUCCCGAGCAGCGCGCUCUCCUCCCCGACCCGACCGCCGAUCUUAAAUGGUCCAAAUUCCGCGGCCCAAUCCACGAUAUUUUCGCUGAAAACGCCGAAAAGCACCCCGAGAAGCUCUGUGUGGUAGAAACCAAGUCCGCGACGUCCGCUCACCGCGAGUUCACAUACCAACAGAUCAAUGAAGCAUCAAAUAUUCUGGGCCAUCACCUAGUCCAGGCGGGGGUCGAGCGGGGAGAGGUUGUCAUGGUGUACGCCUACCGUGGUGUCGAUCUAGUUGUCGCCGUUAUGGGCAUUCUCAAGGCCGGAGCAACCUUCUCCGUCAUUGAUCCUGCAUACCCGCCAGAGCGCCAAUGCAUCUACCUCGACGUUGCCCGUCCUCGGGCACUUAUUAACAUCCAGAAGGCCACCAAGGAUGCUGGCGAGCUAUCUGAGAAAGUGCGCGCCUUUAUCGAUGAAAACCUGGAGCUCCGUACUGAGAUCCCUGCUCUUGCCUUGCUUGAUGACGGCACUCUGCUAGGAGGCUCGGUUAAUGGACAGGAGGAUGUCUUUGCCAACGAGGUACCCCUAAAGUCCAAGCGAGUCGGUGUCGUCGUUGGCCCAGACUCUACGCCUACCCUCUCCUUCACCUCUGGUUCCGAAGGUAGACCCAAGGGUGUCCGAGGUCGGCAUUUCUCCUUGGCAUACUAUUUCCCUUGGAUGUCUGAGACAUUCAACCUGACUCCCAAUGAUAAAUUCACAAUGCUCAGCGGAAUCGCCCACGACCCAAUCCAAAGAGAUAUUUUCACUCCCCUCUUCUUGGGAGCUCAACUCCUGGUCCCCGCGCGCGAGGACAUCCAGAACGAAAAGCUUGCUGAAUGGAUGCGUGAAUAUGGAGCCACGAUCACUCACCUUACCCCUGCCAUGGGUCAAAUCCUGGUGGGAGGUGCUUCUGCCCAGUUCCCCGCUCUUCACCAUGCCUUCUUUGUCGGAGAUAUUCUGAUCAAGAGAGACUGCCGUUCCCUGCAAGGGCUGGCCCCGAACGUCAACAUCGUCAACAUGUACGGAACAACUGAAACCCAGCGUGCGGUCAGUUACUUCGAAAUUCCAAGCUUCUCAAGCGAUGGCGGAUAUCUUGAUACCAUGAAGGACGUUAUCCCCGCAGGUCGUGGAAUGGUGGAUGUGCAGAUGUUGGUGGUCAACCGCUUUGAACCCAGUCGUAUUUGUGCGAUUGGUGAGGUGGGCGAGAUCUACGUUCGCGCCGCUGGUCUCGCCGAGGGAUACCUUGGUUCCCCAGAGCUUAACCAGAAGAAGUUCCUGACCAACUGGUUUGUGGAUCCACAAACAUGGGUGGAAAAGGACAAGGCUGAUUCGCAGGGUGCCAACGAGCCCUGGCGGGAGUUCUACGUCGGGCCAAGAGAUCGCUUGUAUCGAAGCGGAGAUCUUGGCCGAUACACACCUUCGGGAAAUGUGGAAUGUUCCGGUCGCGCUGAUGACCAGGUGAAGAUCCGUGGUUUCCGCAUUGAGCUUGGAGAGAUUGAUACUCAUCUUUCGCGCCAUCCUCUCGUGAGAGAGAAUGUGACCCUAGUGCGUCGUGACAAAUUCGAGGAGCCGACCCUCGUGAGCUAUUUCGUCCCUGAUAUGAGCAAGUGGGCAUCGUGGCUGGAGAGCAAGAACCUCAAGGACGAUGAAUCUGCUGAGGGAAUGGUAGGCAUGCUCCGACGUUUCCGCCCCCUGCGCGACGAUGCUCGAGAGCUUCUUCGCAGCAAGCUCCCUGCCUACGCUGUACCCACCGUUUUCAUCCCGCUCAAGCGUAUGCCACUCAACCCCAACGGCAAGGUCGAUAAGCCCGCAUUGCCCUUCCCGGAUACUGCAGAACUUAGUGCAGCAGCGCCUCGGCGCAAGUCGUCCCUGUUGCAGGCUCUUUCCGAAACUGAGCAAGCUCUGGCUCAGAUUUGGGCCCAGCGUAUCCCUAAUGUCACCGCUCGCAUGAUCGGCCCUGAUGACUCGUUCUUCGAUCUUGGCGGCCACAGUAUCCUCGCCCAGCAGAUGUUCUUCGAUCUCCGACGCAAAUGGCGUGGUGUUGAUAUCAGUAUGAACGCCAUCUUCCGCAGCCCGACUCUCAGAACAUUCGCUGCUGAAAUCGAUCGUCUCCUCAGCUUUGAAUCUUUCGCCAGCAAUGAUGACAAAGGCCCCAGCGCCGAGGCUGAAACGGCUAAAAAGGAAGCUGACGAUGAAUACUCCCGCGAUGCCCGCAAGUUGGCGGAAACCCUACCAAAAACAUUCCCAACUCGCUCCGACGAUAUUCUUUCUAGUGAGCCGACUAUCUUCCUCACUGGCGCCACUGGUUUCCUCGGUGCCCAUAUCCUUCGGGACCUCCUUACCCGCCAGUCUCCUUCUGCCAAGGUAGUGACUCUGGUGCGAGGCAAGACCGAGGAACAAGCCCUCGAGCGUAUUCGCUCCACAUGCCGAGCCUACGGCUUCUGGGAUGACGCUUGGACUAGCAGACUGCAGUGCGUGUGCGGAAGCCUUGGAGAGCCACGCUUCGGCCUCAGUGAAGCCCUUUGGGACGACUUGACCAAGCGCGUUGAUGCAGUGAUCCACAAUGGCGCUCAGGUCCACUGGGUGUAUCCUUACUCUACCCUCAAGCCCGCCAACGUCCUGGGUACCAUUGACGCUCUGAACCUUUGCGCCACCGGCAAGCCCAAGCAAUUCUCCUUCGUCAGUUCUACCAGUGUCCUUGACAGCGACUACUACGUUGAGGAAUCCGAGCGGAGUAUCGCGGCUGGCGGUGCUGGGAUCAGCGAGGACGACGAUCUUGAGGGAAGCAGCGUCGGUCUGGGCACUGGCUACGGCCAGAGCAAGUGGGCAGGAGAGUAUCUUGUUCGGGAAGCCGGCCGAAGGGGAUUGAAGGGAACUAUUGUUCGUCCCGGUUACGUUCUUGGAGACUCCAACAGUGGAACUACCAACACCGAUGACUUCCUCAUUCGAAUGAUCAAGGGAUGUAUCCAGCUUUCCGCUCGGCCCAACAUCAACAACACCGUCAACAUGGUCCCCGUUGACCACGUUGCACGCGUUGUCAUUGCCGGCGCCUUCCACCCUCCACGUGCCCCCAUCGGUGUUGCCCAAGUCACCGGACAUCCCCGUCUUCGCUUCAACCAGUUCCUGGGUGCUCUCCAACUAUACGGAUACGAUGUACCCCAGGUUGACUACGUUCCAUGGUCCAAGUUGCUUGAGCAGUAUGUCAACGACGGACAGCAUGAUGACCCUGAGUCCCAGCAUGCUCUUAUGCCCCUCUAUCAUUUCGUGACAGCGGACCUUCCGUCCAACACUAAGGCCCCUGAACUAGAUGACAUCCAGGCCGCUGCUUCCCUGCGAGCCGAUGCCGCCUGGUCCGGCGUUGAUGUUUCUGCUGGCGCUGGAGUAACAGAGGAGCUAGUCGGCCUCUACGUUUCUUAUCUCGUCUCCAUUGGAUUCUUGCCUGCGCCGCCGGCUUCAGAUGCCGCUCGUCCACUGCCCGCGGCCAAAAUCACCGAGGAUCAGAAGAAAGCGCUGGCUAGCGUUGGUGGUCGUGGAGGCACUGCGUAA